AUGUCUGGACUCUCUUCCCCUUCCUUCCGCACCUACUGUGCACCACACGCAACCCCUCCCUUCCCGCCUCUCUCCCGCUCCAGUCCUUCCGCACCUACUGUGCACCACACGCAACCCCUCCCUUCCCGCCUCUCUCCCGCUCCAGUCCUUCCGCACCUACUGUGCACCACACGCAACCCCUCCCUUCCCGCCUCUCUCCCGCUCCAGUCCUUCCGCACCUACUGUGCACCACACGCAACCCCUCCCUUCCCGCCUCUCUCCCGCUCCAGUCCUUCCGCACCUACUGUGCACCACACGCAACCCCUCCCUUUCCGCCUCUCCCGGCUUUCCCCCUCCUCCUCUCCACACCAGUCCUGCACGGGGGGCCAGGCGCGGGGUGUUGGCCCAACCACGCGCGCUUCUUCGACCCGGCAGCAUACUGCAUCGUGCUGCGCGGGGUGUUGGCCCAACCACGCGCGGUUCUUCGAUCCGGCAGCGUACCGCAUCGUGCUGUGCGACCAGCGGGGGGCAGGCAAAUCCACUCCUGCGGGGUGCGUGGUGGAGAACCGCACGGACCUGCUGGUGGGGGACAUAGAGGCGAUAAGAGAGCACCUCAAGGUGGACAGGUGA